AUGGACGACUAUGUCAAGAACAUGUUGGAAGAUUUUCCUGUCAAGUUCAACAAGGAUUCAAAGCAGGAAACACCAGCUGGUAACGAUUUACUGGAAGCUGGGAAAGGAAAGUU